CAUAUAGUAUCUCACUCUCAUCUCGCCUUUCAACAAAAAAAAACAGUUCUUCUCCACAUUUCCUUCAUCAAAAUUGCACUUGUUAGCUAUAUAAUAGGUCGGAAUUGUUCCAUAUAGUAUCUCACUCUCAUCUCACCUUUCAACAAAAAAAACAAUUCUUCUCCACAUUUCCUUCAUCAAAGGAAACUGUGGUUAACAAAUAGAGAGAGAAAAUUCCAAGCUCUGCAAAUGGCUAUUCAAGAAAAUUCCAAGCCUGAUCUUGAAUCUCCUCUCCUUCCAAGCUCUGAAAAUGGCAACAUUGAACACAAUGAAAAACAAAACAAUAACAAGGAAUGCCAAGGCAGCGAUGUAUCGGGGGAGAUUACAGCAGAGCUGUAUAAACAAGUGCAGUUGGCUGGACCUCUUGUUGUUGUUAGUUUGUUGCAGUACAGUUUACAGAUUGUGUCAGUCAUGUUCAUAGGUCAUCUUGAUGAGCUCUCUCUCUCCAGUGCUUCUAUGGCUUCUUCGUUCACCAGUGUCACUGGUUUUAGCUUCAUGUUGGGGAUGGGAAGUGCAUUGGAGACACAAUGUGGACAAGCCUAUGGAGCAAAACAAUACUACAUGCUAGGCAUACACAUGCAAAGAGCAAUGCUAGUUCUUCUCCUAAUGGGCAUUCCCAUAUCAAUCAUUUGGGUAUUUACAGGCUCAAUUUUCAAGCUCUGUGGACAAGACAUUGAGAUCUCAACCCAAGCUGGCAUAUAUGCAUGUUGGCUCAUCCCUAGCAUCUUCCCAUAUGGUGUCCUUCAAUGCCAACUCAGAUUCUUGCAGACUCAAAACAGUGUCAAGCCAUUGAUGAUAAUCACAUGCUUGACAAGCAUUGUUCAUGUGGUUUUAUGUUGGGCUUUGGUUUUUGGAUUUGGGUUUGGGAGCAAAGGGGCUGCAUUGGCCAUUGCUAUCUCUUAUUGGCUUAAUGUGGUGGGUGUGGCUCUUUAUAUCAAGUUCUCACCUACUUGUCAAAAGACAUGGAUUGGUUUCUCUAAGGAGGGUUUGAAAGACCUUGUUGGCUUUCUGUCAUUGGCUGUUCCUUCAGCUCUUAUGGUUUGCUUGGAGUACUGGUCCUACGAGUUUUUGGUUCUCAUGUCAGGUCUUCUACCUAAUCCAAAGCUAGAAACAUCAAUGAUGUCAGUCAGCCUUAGCACAAGUGCAUUGAUCUUCAGAAUCCCCUAUGGUUUUGGCAGUGCAGUAAGCACGAGAGUUUCAAAUGAAUUAGGCGCAGGAAAACCAAGCGCUGUGCGACUUGCUGUGCAAGUUGUGAUAUUCCUGGCCAUAGCAGAGGGCCUGUUGCUAAGCUUAAUUUUAUUAGCGGUGCGCAACAUAUGGGGUUAUAUGUUCACCAAUGAAGAGGAAGUUGUGAAAUACAUAGCUGCCAUAAUGCCAGUACUUGCAUCUUCCAACUUCCUGGAUGGAAUUCAAGGUGUACUCUCAGGUACGGUAAGAGGAUGUGGAUGGCAAAAGAUUGGUGCAUUUGUGAAUCUAGGAGCUUAUUACCUUGUUGGCCUGCCUUGUGCAAUUAUCUUUACUUUUGCCCUCCAUCUUGGAGGAAAGGGCCUGUGGAUAGGAAUUAUAGGCGGGAGUGGCCUGCAAGGAAUACUGCUAUUAGUUAUUACCCUGCGCACGGAUUGGGAGUAUCAAGCAAAGAAGGCCAGGGAUAGAGUGUAUGCUUUCAGCAUUCCCACGGACAUGGCGUCGUGAUACUAUUGUUUAGCUUGUGCUGUUUGCUUGUAAUCAAGACAAAUUAACAUAUUCAGUUUUUGAAAGAUUGCCUACCAUUCUCAGUA